AUGGCAACGCCCCAACCACUAGCAGACCGCGCGCAAAGCGACACUGCGUCAGCCGUCUCAAAAGAUGCCGAGAGUUCUGGAGAGCUCACAGCAGUCGUCGACGAUCUCCUGAAUCAACUCAACACCAAGUUCACCACAGUCAGCAGCGAGCUGCUCGCCAAGAUGGAUGACAUGUCACGGCGGCUGGAUAACCUUGAAGCAACUAUCCAGGCUGGAGAUGGUACUAAGGGCUCAGGGUCUGGCAAGUAG